AUGGAUCCAAACUAUUCCUCCUACAAUCCCAUGUAUGGGAACUUUCCUCAAUCUCAACAACAGUUAUCAUCUCAUUCUCCUCAGGUCCCUCAGCAGGGUCAUCAAUAUUCACAACAACCUCCUUACCAACAACAAUACCACUCACACUCCACCGCUCAGUCCUACCAGCCUCAACCCUACCCUCAACAGCUACCCCAGAACUAUUCCCAAUAUUACUACAAUCAAGACCAAACCUAUCAACCUCAAUCUCAAUCUCAACCUCAACCACAACCCUUCUAUCCGCCAAACAACACUGUCCAGCAAGCCGCUCCCUCUCUGUCUCGAAUUCAGGUCGUUAUACCUCCUCAACCUCGCCAGUCCCCUUCCACGCACCACCAGCAACAGCCUCCACACCAGUACCAACAGCAACAGCGACCACAGCAUUCGUUUCAACCUCCAAACCAAGUACACAGCCCUGCACAGUCGUUUCAUGGCACUCAGAAACAGCAGCACUCACAACAUCCUGUCCCAUACAGGAGAGAGCCUCAACCACACUCAAAUGUGACAGUGCACAUUCCUAGUCCUGCAAUGGCUCACGAUCGUCCUCAGAAGAAGCGAGAACAGACAACACCUACUUCAUUAUUAAUGACCAUAAACCCGCAGAUGCUGCAAAAGACGCCGCAGCAGAAUCAUGCCAGAGUUCUUCAGGCUGUCGAAGUCAAUGCGAAACCAAAGCAGGUCGCCACAAAAGCACCGGAGCAUCGCCACACUCCAGUCCAGCCAGACGAGCCAGAACCUGACUACCCAUCGGUGCUCUGCGUGCUUGCUGAUGACUAUCUCGACGCAGCUCGUAAUCAGCCAGCACUGACUGAGGAGUACUAUACUCUUGUCGCCACAGCACUUGGGUGCCUGGAAUCUAUUCUGAACAACUUCAAGCUUCCACCUCUGAGGGAAGCUCAAGUCUCCUUACGUUAUGCUCGAAUUUUGUAUGAAGAGACGGAGAACUAUGACGAGGCUGAGACAAGACUGACAAAGUCAAUCGAGUUCUGCGAAAGACACAAAUUCAUUGACCUGAAAUAUGAAAUGCAGCUUCUCCUAUCGAAAAUUCUGUACGAAUCUAAGCCAAAAGCUGCUUUGCGAGAUAUCCAAAGGAUGAUUGACGACAUCGAAGCCUACCGCCACACUGUAUGGCUUUACAUAUUUCGCCUACAGCACGCCAUGUUUUCCUUGGCAUCAGCAUCUCCCGGAGAAGUCCAUGGAGCGACUAAACAGCUCGAGAAGAUCACAUACCUGGCGCGCCAGAAUUCGGAUAGUGCUGUUCUGGCGUUUGCUGCUGUGCUCGAAGCUUUGCUGCACCUUUCAAGCUCCAGCCAUGAAGCGGUUACUGCCACACAAACAGCGUUAGCCAAAGCAAGGGCGCUUCAAUUGAACCCAGAUGUCGAAACAAAUCCGCAGUUGACGAUAUUGAUGGAAUUUAUCGACCUUGCAUGCAGUGUCCAAGAAUCCAAUAUUGCACAAACCGAGGCGAAGCGGAAGAUUAUGCACGAAGUGCUUUAUGAAUCAGUUGCACAUUCUGGCUGGCGCGACGACGGCUUCAUAUAUAUCCCCGUGUCAAAGAGAGCAAUAGCAGGCAUUCAAUUACAGGGACAUGGGCAUAUCAUUGAGAGAAACGGAAAGUACUUUCUGACUUUCUCGUGGCUGGGCAAAGAACAAGUAGAAGCUUUGGGCUUUCUUUUCAGCGCUGACAGUGCAGUAUACAAGAACGGAGCCGACGGAGGGAAAGCAGAGAAGUUUAUUGAGCAUGGCCUUUCGCUUGUCCGCUCUUGGGGACAACCAAGUCUUGCCGCAGGUUAUCAACAGUCACACAACGCGGAUAUCUUCCAAGAACUGCUCGAAGCACAGUUUUUGUUCCUUCUCUGCUUCGUCUUGUGCGCCAAAGGCCUCUGGAAGAAAGCUAAAGAGACAUUGGACAAUAUCGGCCGGACCUCAGGACAACUCACCGAGUCUUUCCCAUUGAACAUGAGGUAUUCUUUGCUCUACCUCAAAGGAGUCAUCCUGCAAGGCACUGGAAACUUACAAGAAGCUCUUGAAGUAUAUCAGUCUCCAACCCUGAGUCUCGGGGCGAAGCAGUCCUCUCCUUCACCCGCGCCCGGGUCUGCUCAUCAGAUAUCGACAUCUUAUCACGCGGACUCUGACAUCACCCACGACUUCUGCAUCCUUGCGGCUAUGAAUGCCGUCUUCAUUAUACAAGAUCCUCAUCAUCCGCAGCAUAACAGAGUCUCUCAAUUACUUAAUUCUUUGAGCACCGCGGUUCAGCAAUCCGCGAACAAGUAUAUACAGGCGCACUACUCACUUCUGGCAUCAGUCCUGUCAACCACAACUUUGACCGCGAAGCAAUACUUGAAGAGUGCAAUGGAAGCGGCCAAAGCAAUCGGAAGUGCUCAGACAACAGCUCUUGCGCUGGUAUUCAUGCAGGAGAAAUUGUUCAAGGGAUUAGUGGAUGAACAAGCCAUCAAAUGUGCCCGGGCGGCUAGUCAUCAAGUCAGGCGAUGGGGCGAUCCUUUGUGGACUCAGGUCGUCGCUGGUCUUGAGGCAGAAACGCUCGAGGUGAACGGCAUGUUGAAAGAGGCACAGCAGAGAAAAGCCGACGCGGAGGCAGGUUGGGACAAGCUACCAGAGACUGUGAAGCGCUUGCAAAGCACUUGA